AUGCAGAUAUUUGUGACGACCCUGAAGGAUAAGACCAUCACUCUUGAGUUUGAACCCAGUGAUACUAUUGAGAAUUUCAAAGCCAAAAUCCAGGACAAGGAAGGUAUCCCACCAGAUCAACAACGUCUGAUUUUUGCUGGAAAACAGCAAGAAGAUAGCCGGACUCUCUCUGACUACAACAUCCAGAAAGAGUCCACUCUGCACUUGGUGCUGCGUCUGUGGUGGGGUAUCAUCAAGCCUUCCCUUCACCAGCUGGCUCAGAAGUAUAACUAUGACAAGAAGAUCUGCUGUAAGUGUUAUGCCCACCUGCACCCCAGUGCUGUAAACUGCCAUAAGAAGUAUGGCCGUGCCAACAGUUUGCACCCCAAGAAGAUCAUAUAA